AUGGGUUCCAGUGGUUCAAAAACAACAACGACAUCAACUUCUACUACCCCAACUCCUACUCCAACCCCAGUGACAUCAUCCACUAUAACACCUACUCCAACCCCAACCCCAACCCCAAGCUCAUCAUCUACUGUUGAAAUCACAAGUUCAUCAAUUGAACCAGCUACCAGUUCUUCAGCAGUCACUUCGACUAUUGCUCCUGCCAUUACUUCUUCAAUUGUUGCAAUUACUUCAUUAUCUUCCGAACUACCAACCAGUAUACCAUAUGAAGUAUUAUCAUCUGUUCUAUCAAGUUACUUGAGUUCUUCUUCUAUUCCAGAAUUAAUCAGCUCUUCUACAGAAGCAGUUCCUGCUUCUUCUUCCACAGCUCCAACUACUUCUUCUACUGAAGCUGUUGUCUCUUCAGCUACUGAAGCACCAGCUUCUUCUUCCACUGAAGCUACUGUUUCUUCCUCUAUUGAACUGCUGUGUCUUCUUCCAUUGAAUCUGCUUGUUUCUUCUUCCAUUGAAGCACCAGUUUCCUCUUCCACUGAAGCUGCUGUCUCUUCUUCCACUGAAGCUGCUGUUUCUUCUUCCAUUGAAGCUCCAGUCACUUCUUCUACUGAAGCUGUUGUCUCUUCAGCUACUGAAGCACCAGCUUCUUCUUCCACUGAAGCUGCUGUUUCUUCUUCCACUGAAGCUGCUGUUUCUUCUUCCAUUGAAGCUACUGUUUCUUCCUCUAGCGAAGUUUCCAUUGUAUUCUCUAGUGUAGUACAGUCUUCUACUCUUGCGGCUUCUUCAGUUGUCCCAACACAUGUAAAUUCGACUGCUCCAUCCGCCGGGUCUUCUAUUCUAUUGACAACUACUACCCAUAUUCCUAACCCGGUACAUAACACAACUACCUCCAAAGCAGCUGUUUCAACUAAACCAGUUACAGUUACAGAUGUCUUCUAUAACACAACUACGGUCCCAUGUUCCACAACCACAACACCACUCAACUAUAAUACCACUAUAGUUACUAAGACCAGUGCUUCCACAAACACUGUCACAAUUUGUGAUUCUGAAUGUCAAUCUAAAAAGUCAGCUGAGCAAGUUACCAAGACCAACACUAAUACUUUACACACUACUAAAACCAUUACUGAAUGUGACAUUGUCUGUCAAUCAAGUAAGUCCGUUGAAUUCGCCAAAUCUCAAGCUGCUAGAUCUAGUUCUGCCGAAUAUACAGUGAAGACAACGGUCAUCCCAGAAGUUGAAGGUACCACCACUAAAUAUACCACUUUAACAAGUACAGUGGUCUGUGAUGAAGCUUGUGAAUCUAGUAAGUCAUCAGCAUCUACCGCUACUACUGCUGGUAAGUUUACUGCUGGUACCAAUAUCAGUACUACAGCUGGUUCCAAUAAGUCUGGAACUUCUACCAAGGGAGAUACUUAUACUACCGUCACAAACACAAACACUAUUACUAAGCAUGCGACUUCUUCCUCCUUGGCUACUGUUGCUGUUUCCUCUAAGAAACAAAACGCAACUUCUGUUACUAUCCAUCAGCAAACUGAAAAUGGUGCGGUUAAGAACGGUGUGGCAUUAGGUGCUGGUAUCAUUGGUGCUGGUAUGCUAUUAUUAUAG